AUGGUAUCGUGGGGAGACGGUGAGGAAUCGUCUGAGGACCACAGCAAUGCUACCAGCGAGGGCUUAAAGACCCUUUACGACUCGGAUUGGGAAGGGUUAGCUGAUGGAGCAACACCUCCAGGUUGUAAAUGUGGAGCCAUUGCCGCAAAGUUUGUAGGUUGGGAAGGAUAUGAGACAGGAAGGAAAUUUUUGGGAUGUGCAGGGCAGUUUGGGGAAAGAUGUGAUUAUGUUAAAUGGGUAGAUGGAGAUUGGCCAUCAUCACUGCAGAAAGCUAUUGGAAAAUUAUGGGAGAUGUAUGGAGAAGCCAAAGCAGGAAGAGUUAGUGAUGCUCUGUACUGUAUGGAGGAAAAGUUCAAGUUUAGGGAUGAAAUAACCAAGCUCCACCGUGAUCUGAAGAUUGUCCAAGAAGAAGUGAACAAGACUGUGAAUGAGAAGCAGAUCACACUUGCUCUGAAGGCAAAGGCUGAACAAGCACUCAUUGAUGCAAGGGCAGAACUGGAGGAGAAGAAAAAGCUGGAUGCUGCAGCUAGUAACAUGCAUAAGGUGUUGAGGAUCAAGGCAGAGAAGGACAGGGAUAAAAUCAAGGAAGAGAAAAGAAAAUUGGAGUUAAUGAUUGCAGAUUUGGUCAAGCAGAAAGAAGGUACCAGGGCAAAGCUGAGGAAGAUUAAAGAAUUAUGUGAUAGAGUAGUAUUUCCAUUAUAA